AUGGACCUUGAGCCUGGCCAGUCUGCUGUGGCUCACUUUUGUCGCUUGAUGAGGCGACAGGGGGACGACAGUGGCGUUCAAUCUGACGACGAUGAUAGAACCGAGCCAAUCUCCGCCAACUUGCUUCCUCCAGGCCACGAACUUGUUUUUGAAUCAAUGUUCAAGUCAAAACAGAGGCUCACUCUAAAACGAGGGCCUCUCCUCGGGUCAGGAGGCCUGGGCAUCGUGUAUUCUAUGACUCAGGUGGAUGGUACAAAGGUUGCGGUCAAGAUUGUGGGCAGAUCUAUUGGAGGGCAAGGUGCCAGCGCGAUCGCGGAGGCAGGGGAGGAACUGUUAGAGAUCGUGGAUCGGGAAGCAAGCGUGUCUGCGACUUUGGGUUUCCAGGAUCCGGCUGCUCUGUUGACAGAAGCCCGACUGUUGGCUGCCCACGACAUUUUGCGAUUGCCUGGCAACAAGCAAGUUUUUAAUUUCGGCAAUUUGUUCUUAUUUUGUAACCGAUUCCUGGUUUUCCCGGAGGCAGCAGGAACAUUAGAAGAUUUGAUCGGUGUUCUCGAUGAUUCGGAAAUGGCUCUCCAUGCACGGCUGUCGGCAACUAGUCAAAUGAUCAACGUGAUAGCAAACUUGCACUCGAAACGAAUGAUUCACGGCGACAUCAAGCCAACCAAUUUCUUCCUAUCCGACAACGGCAUCGUGCUUCUGGGGGAUUUUUCUUACCCGCUGACCGACGGCGAUGUUGCUGCCCUGGUUGUGGUCACACCUAGCAUGCUGAGUCCGGAAGUCGUUCGGUUUGUUAAAGAAGGCAGUGCAGUGCGCGUCGAUCGAACCCUCGACUCGUGGAUGCUCGGACUCACCCUGUACAUCCUGUGGUGUGGCCGGCUUCCGUGGGGCCUGUCACUCCAGGAGGAGGAUUACGACAAGAUUAUGGGACUCCACAGACAGAGCCGCCCGGCGACUUUGAGUUUCAACGACUGCAACGGAAUAAUCCCCCAGAUACAGGUCCUCAUUCUACAUUUUUUAUCAAAGGACCCGAAAGACCGCUGGACGCCUCGAAGGGCUGUUGUAGAACUCGAUAUCUAUCCUGUUUCUGAAACGCAGUCCGCGGCACAGGCCUAG